UCAGCUAUGGCGUCGGCCGGCGGCAACCCGCUGGUCCUCCCGGCCGUCCUCCACCUCCGCCGGUCAGACGCCGACUUCACCGCCGCGCUGCGCGAGCGGUUCCGCGUCCUCGACUUCUUCUCCUCCGGCGAGCACCUCCCGGCCUUCCUCGCCGCGGCCGCGGCCGCGCCGGAGCCCCCGCGCGCCGCGGUCGUCGUGGGCGGCGGCUCCGUGCGCGUGGACGCCUCGUUCCUGGAAGCCGUCCCCUCCCUCCGCUGCGUCCUCACCACGGGCGCCGGGAUCGACCACAUCGACCUCGCCGAGUGCGCGCGCCGCGGCGUCGCCGUCGCCAACUCCGGGGAGGUCUUCUCCACCGACGUCGCGGACUACGCCGUCGGCUUGCUGCUCGACGUGCUCCGGCGCGUUUCGGCGGCGGAGCGGUACGUCCGGCGCGGGUCCUGGCCGGUGCAGGGCGACUAUCCCUUCGGAUCCAAGCCUGGCGGCAAGCGUGUUGGCAUCAUCGGCUUGGGGAACAUCGGCUCACGGGUUGCAAAGAGGCUUGAAGCCUUGGGCUGCAUCAUCCACUACAACUCGAGAAAACCAAAGGACUCGGUCUCUUACAAAUACUUCCCAAAUGUUCAUGAUCUUGCAGCUGAAUCCGACGUGCUCAUUGUCGCAUGCGCACUGAACAAGGCGACGCGGCACAUCGUGGACAAGGAUGUGCUGGAGGCCCUCGGAAAGGGCGGUGUGGUCAUCAACAUCGGCCGAGGAGCAAACAUCGACAAGGCGGAACUGGUCAUUGCACUCAGGGAGGGGAAGAUAGCAGGCGCGGGCCUUGACGUCUUUGAGCAUGAGCCCAAGGUGCCGGCAGAGCUGUUCUCCAUGGACAAUGUGGUUCUGUCGCACCAUGUGGCGGUGUGGACGGAGGAGUCCAGGUCGGACCUGCGCGCUCACACCAUUGGCAACCUUGAAGCCUUCUUCUCUGGUCAGCCGUUGCUCACUCAAGUGGAUGCUGAUUCUCUAGUGCAGUGAACGCAAGUCAGGUCACUCAUAUCAGAUAUAUUGGAAGUGAUGAACUGAUGAUGCUGAUGCUGAUUCUCUAGUACAGAUUGCCGCAAGUCCCUACCUAAACAAAACAUGCAAAUCAGGGAGAAGACGUUCCAUGGGAAAGUACAAAUGAUGCAGCUCCAGGAAACUAAGCAAUGACCAGUAUCCUUACUUUUUAGUCUUUGAAUUUGCUAAUACUCCCUCUGUUCACCAACAUAGGACGUUUUAGACUGACCACGCAAGUCUCUAAAACGUCUUAUAUUUAUAAACAGAGGAAGUAGUGUAUAUAAAGGCGAAUAGCAUUCCUCCCACAAAGAUGCUGCUACUUGUGUGUCUCAUUUUUCUCUCUAGAUCUCUUUUCUUGAAAAGUAAAAAUUAUAUAUUGGGUUGCUUGUGU